AUGUCCGAUCUCAGAGCAGCAUCUCCAAAGAUCGAGGACGACGAUGCCAACGUCGAUGAGGAACUCGCCUUGAUGCAAGCUCAGCUCGAGGCUAUGGAAGCCGAGAAGAACGCUCUCGCUUCUGCUUCUGCCCCUGCCCCUACUUCUGGCACCCCCGACCACCAAGCACCCGCCGACGGGACAGGAGAAGGAACACCGAGAGCGAGUGGAGAGGGAGCGGAUGAAAAUAUGGAGGAGGAUGGAGAGUCGACGGCGUCUGUGGAUCUGAGGAGUGUCUAUGUUGGUCAGGUUGACUAUUCAGCUACACCGGAGGAGAUUCAGGCGCAUUUCCAAGCGGCUGGAACUAUCAACAGGAUUACGAUUCUUUGUGAUAAAUUUACGGGGCAUCCUAAAGGAUACGCCUAUGUAGAAUUCGCCGAACCAUCAUGCGUCCAAAACGCCCUUGUCCUCGACAACAGUUCUUUCAAAGGACGUGCCAUCUCCGUCAAAGAGAAGAGGACGAAUCUGCCGGGAAUGAACAUGACGAACCGGGGACGGGGACGGGGCAGAGGACGGGGGGGAUAUAGAGCCAGAGGAGGGUUCAGAGGACGGGUCAGGGGACGAGGACGAGGCUACUACUAA